AUGGAGGCGCGGUGCGGGCGGGCGCUGCUGGCCGCCGUGGGGCUGCUGUCGGCGCUCAGCGCGGCGGGCACGCUGUUCCUGCUGGCGCAGUGGCGGGAGCUCGGCGCGGCGCUGCGGGAGCUGGAGGCGGCGGGGAUCGGGAUCGGGAUCGGGAACGGGAUCGGGAACGGGAUCGGGAACGGGAACAGCUCCGUGCGGGGGCCGCCCCCCGCGCCCGCCGCUCGGUCCCGCCGCAGCCGCCGCGGGGAGCGCGCCCGGGGCCACGUGCGCGCCGAGAGCGAGGAGAUGCUGCUGAUGCUCACCUACUCCAUGGUGCCGGUCCGAGUGAUGGUGGAUUUGUGUAACAGCACAAAAGGGAUAUGCUUAACAGGCCCCCCAGGACCGCCAGGGCCUCCUGGACUUGAUGGACUGCCUGGCUACAAUGGAUCAGAUGGAAUCCCAGGAACUCCAGGACAAAAGGGAGAACCGGGAAUAAAUGGAAAAAGAGGAAAAAUAGGUUUACCAGGACCAAAAGGUGAUCAAGGACAGAAAGGAGAACCAGGAGAAAUGGGUUUACCUGGCAUGGAUGGUAUGCCUGGAGGAAAAGGUGCAAGAGGAGCCAAGGGAGAAAAGGGGGAUGCAAACAAUGAUGUGAUAUUAGAAGGUGCAAAAGGUGAGCCUGGACCACCUGGGCCCCCUGGACCUCCUGGACCCCCAGGGCCUCCAGGGAAACGUAAAGGUAAAGGUAAAGCCAAAGCAGAGCUUCUGGAGAACAUCUACAGCAGCAAAUGCACAGGUGAGACAUGCGCUAUACCAAAUGAUGAUACCCUCACUGAAAAGGCUGAAGACAGAACCCCAGGUCCUCCAAAAAAAGCUGAAUGUGUCAUAACGUCUGUAGGAAGCCCUGUUCACUUUGUCAGUGUGCAGAACACAUUUGGAACUUGGAUGAGAGAACCUGCAAACAUAAGUGAUGAAAGGAUUUGGCUCACCAUGCAUUUUUCAGGGAACUAUAUAAAAGAAUAUGAAAAUUCCAAUGCCUUGCUGAAUGACAGCUACAGGAUCAUUAACAUCACAGGAUUCUUCUAUGGAUGUGGUCAUGCAGUACAAAACAAUUAUCUCUACUAUCAGAAGGGAGGAUCCAAUGCCAUUCAGAAAUUUGGGCUCGAUAAAGCCUCGCUGAGCGAGCUGCCCAUGGACCACGCCUUAUACCAUGGCCGGAAUUACCUCUUCUCUAACUCCAAGACAUAUUUCAACAUAGCAGUGGAUGAGAAGGGUCUUUGGAUUAUAUAUGCCUCAAGCACUGAUGAAAAUAUAAUGGUAGCACACGUCAAUGAAGAAACGUUCUUAGUCAAUCGGCACAUCAAUACCACCUAUCCUAAGUCCAAGGCUGGUAAUGCAUUCAUAGCAUGUGGCAUUCUGUAUGUUACUGACACUAAGGACAUGACAGUAAGUUUUGCUUUUGAUUUACUGGAAGGGAAGCAGAUUGAUGCAAGGUUUGAGUUACGGUCUUCACAGUCUGUUCUUGCUAUGCUUUCGUACAGUCUGCGAGACAAGAAUUUGUACACGUGGGAGAAUGGGAGCCUAAUGGUGUACCCAGUCCAUUUUGGCAGAUGAAUCUAUUUUCACAUGCCACUUUGACUAAAGGAUCUAUUUAAAGCUCUAUGAUGUAGACAUGGGGGUCUCUUCACUAGGUAUCAUUUUCUGUUUGCUGAGGGUGGUUUGUGAAUGUGCAUAAAAGGGAGAUCAGGUGCCUUCAUAUAAACACACUUCAAUGACAUGGGCCAUCCUCACCUUUUUAAAAAGUGUUGUUCACUAUUACAGCUGGCACACAGCAUAGACAUACUUCUGUUUCUCCCCUGUUAUUCAGCUGAUAAUUGUGUCUAAUGUACAUUGAUUAUUCCAUGGUCAUGUGCUCAGCAGAGACUAUUUGUAACUUUUAUUUACAAAAUCAUCUUCUCUGCAAACAUUUUCUAGUCAGUGAUGAUGGUCUAAUAUAAACAUCUAAAUAAUGAACUUUUUUGUACAAAUACCUCUGUCACUUUCAUUUAAUUUCCGUAGACUCUCUGUGACCAUUUUUUCUGGACAAAGGUUUAAGGCUGUCAAAACUUAUGGGAAUGGAAAUACUUGUUUAAAUAGCAAAAAAACCAGAAAGCUUAAAAUUUGACAAGUCAAAUCCAAUGCUAAUAAUAAAAAGCAAAAUACAGCUAAAAUUCAAGGAAAUGGGAAUAAUGACAUUAAAUACUGAAUACACAUGAACUGUGUUUCUUUAAAAGUAAAGACAUAACUUUCUUGAUUAAAAUUUAAUUUUUAACAGUA